UUAACGAGAAUACGUUCAAGGAGCGCUUGCAACUCUACUUCAUCAAGAAUCAACGAUCUAGUCUUCGCAUAAGAAUUGCGAAUUUGGUAUUCAAACUGCUCGCGUGUGUGUUGUACAUCAUACGUGUUUGUGCGGACGGCGAUCCGAUCACCGCCUCCUGUUACGGCUGCAAGCCCGGGAAUAAGACCGAGUUUGAAUACUCCGCCAACUUGACCGAGGAGGAGUUCCAGGAGCACCCCAUCAUCAACUGGGACGGCAUCAUCUGGGUCAACCGCUCGCUCUGCCUCUGGAUCGUCCAGGUUAUCUUGGCUAUGAUAUCCUUCUCGGAGGCUAUUCUCCUCGUCUAUUUGGGCUACAAAGGCAACAUCUGGCAACAAAUACUGUCAUUCCAUUUCAUACUGGAAAUGGUGAAUACGAUCCCCUUUGCGCUAACCCUGCUGUUCCCGCCGCUCCGCAAUCUUUUCAUUCCAGUUUUCUUGAACUGCUGGCUGGCCAAGCGGUCCCUGGAGAAUAUGUUUAACGACUUGCACCGCGCAAUGCAGAAAUCUCAGUCGGCGCUUUCCCAACAGCUGAUGAUCUUGUGCGUGACGCUGCUUUGCCUCGUCUUCACCAGCGUUUGCGGUAUCCAACAUUUCCAAAGAGCGGGUCAUCGCCAUCUCAAUCUGUUCCAAGCGACAUACUUCGUUGUGGUGACCUUUUCGACUGUUGGUUAUGGUGACUUCGUGCCUGAUAUUUGGCCAUCGCAGCUAUACAUGGUCAUCAUGAUAGGUGUUGCACUUGUCGUCUUGCCCACUCAGUUCGAGCAAUUGGCGUUCACUUGGAUGGAGCGACAGAAGCUUGGGGGUUCGUAUUCUUCGCACCGCGCGCAGUCUGAGAAGCACGUGGUCGUCUGCUCCACGACUCUGCACGCGGACACCAUCAUGGACUUCCUCAACGAGUUCUAUGCCCACCCCCUGCUACAAGACUACUAUGUCGUGCUGCUCUCGCCCAUGGAACUUGACACAACCAUGCGAAUGAUUCUACAGGUACCGAUCUGGGCUCAACGUGUGAUCUACAUCCAGGGCUCGUGCCUGAAAGACACCGACCUAAUCCGUGCACGCAUGAAUGAGGCCGAGGCUUGCUUCGUGCUUGCGGCGCGCAACUACGCCGACAAGACCGCGGCCGACGAACAUACCAUACUCAGAUCGUGGGCGGUGAAGGACUUUGCACCGGACGUGCCACAAUACGUUCAGAUUUUCCGUCCGGAGAACAAACUGCACGUUAAGUUCGCCGAGUUCGUCGUGUGCGAGGACGAGUUCAAGUACGCACUGCUCGCCAACAACUGCACCUGCCCCGGCGCCUCCACGCUCGUCACACUGCUGCUGCACACCAGCCGUGGACAGGAAGGACAACAAUCCCCCGAGGAAUGGCACCGCUUGUACGGGAAGUGCUCCGGCAACGAAAUAUAUCACAUCGUACUCGGCGACAGCCGCUUCUUUGGCGAGUACGAGGGCAAGAGCUUCACUUACGCCAGCUUUCAUUCACAUAGAAAGUACGGCGUCGCCUUGGUCGGAGUGCGUCCGGCGGAGCUGCCUGAGUUCUACGAGGACACUAUCCUGCUGAAUCCUGGGCCGCGGCACAUCAUGAAGAGCAGCGAUACCUGCUACUACAUGAGCAUCACCAAGGAGGAGAACUCCGCAUUCGUGGUGUCCGAGAAGCGAGAGUCCAAGGCUAUAAUGGCCAAAGACCAGAGCGCGGUGUGUAACGAGAGGAAAGCAGGCGGCGGCAGCGGGGUCUGUGGCGGCGGCGGCAGUGGCUCGAGGCCGGGACGAGACGGUAGUAGCGCUGCACCGUAUGAGCUGCCCCAAGUGGUGCUCGAGGGCCCCGCAAGCUCCACGCCACUACCAUCGCCAUCCCGCAUCAACCCAGCUCACACUGUUUCAUCCGCUAAUUUUGCCGCUAGCUACAAGUACGGCGAGGGAUCAUCGACCGGGGAGUCCCGCAAUCACCUCAAGGAGUCCCCCGCGACGGACAGCGCGAGCGAUAGCCAUCUUCUGCUGCCGCACACCCCGCGACCAGACACCAACUUCCUUAGCCCAGAUUCGCUCAACUAUCGCAGAGAUAUGGAUGCAGGCAGCCGCAGGCCAUCGAUCCUGCCGGUACCGGACAUGGUGACGUCUAGCCUUCACAUCGCCUCCGACAACCAAGACGAGGAGGUGGAGGUGGACGAAAGCGAAGACGAGCUGGACGACGACGUGCCCUGGCGCUCGCCCUCCGAGAAGAUCGCAAUAGUAAAAGGCUUUCCGCCGGUAUCUCCGUUCAUCGGGGUGAGUCCGACCCUGUGCUACUUGCUGAAGGAGAAGAAGCCACUGUGCUGCCUGCAGCUGGCGCAGGUCUGCGAGCACUGCGCCUACCGCAACGCCAAAGAAUACCAGUGGCAGAACAAGACGAUCAUCCUCGCCGCGGACUACGCCUCCAAUGGCAUAUACAACUUCAUUAUACCACUCAGAGCACAUUUCAGGUCCAAAACCUCACUCAAUCCGAUCAUACUGCUGCUCGAGCGUCGUCCGGACAUUGCCUUUUUAGAUGCCAUUUCGUACUUCCCUCUCGUCUAUUGGAUGCUUGGCACUAUCGAUUGUUUGGACGACUUACUCCGUGCGGGGAUAACGCUCGCCGAAAACGUUGUGGUGGUAAACAAGGAGCUCUCCAAUUCAGCUGAAGAAGACAGCCUCGCCGACUGCAACACCAUUGUCGCCGUGCAAACUAUGUUCAAAUUCUUCCCAUCCAUUAAAUCUAUAACGGAACUUUCUCAAUCCUCAAACAUGCGCUUCAUGCAAUUCCGUGCACAUGACAAAUAUGCUCUGCACCUCUCUAAAAUGGAAAAGCGUGAAAAAGAACGCGGCUCUCACAUCUCGUACAUGUUCCGUCUGCCGUUCGCUGCGGGCUCCGUGUUCUCCGCCUCAAUGCUGGACACUCUGCUGUACCAGGCCUUUGUCAAGGACUACGUCAUCACGUUCGUUCGCCUGCUGCUGGGCGUCGAUCAGGCGCCGGGCUCCGGGUUCCUCGCCUCGAUGAAAAUAACAAAAGAAGACAUGUGGAUACGUACAUACGGCAGACUGUACCAAAAGUUGUGUUCGACCACAUGCGAAAUCCCCAUUGGGAUCUAUCGUACCCAGGACACGAGCCUGGCCGAACCGGGGAACCACUACUCUACAAGUUUGGCCGACGAGGCCCGCGACAAUCAUAUCCAACAAAUCGAAAGAGCCGAAAUAGCUAAUCUGGUCCGCUCUCGUAUGGAAUCCUUGAAUUUGACCGGAAUCGACUAUGAUGACGUCAGCGAAAAGAGGAACAGCCUGUCUUAUGUGAUCAUCAACCCGAGCUGCGACCUCAAUCUGCAAGAAGGAGACAUUAUAUAUCUGGUUCGCCCGUCUCCAUUCUCCGCUCAGAAGACCUUCGAGCGCCACAACAGUCGACGCAAAUCCAACAUAAGCUUCUGCUCUCAAGCACUUAUCCAAGCGCAGCCGUCGAGCCGGCGAGGGUCGACGCUUGGCGCCGCCUACCCUCAGCCGCGCGCACCGCCGCUCGCAACCACCAAGGCCAACUCGCUGUCGUUGCCCGAUAGCCCGACCAUCGUAACGGACUUCCGCGGCCGCUCCAACUCGCUGCGCGUCGCCGACGACGUACUCCUGCGCCGAUCCAGCUCGCUGCGCCAGGGGCUCGCGGUGGCAGCGGCCGGAGGCGCCGGCGGGCGCAGGAAGAGCAGCCUCGAGGAGAUCGGCAUCUCGCACUUCAACUCUCUGCUGCAGCACCAGCAGCGGCAGCGGCGGCAGGACGCCUUGGUGGGAAGUGGGCGCUACCUGGAAGUGGUGCCGCCGGCGGAGGGUCCCGGGGAGCGCGCCGCCGCCGCGUACCCACUUUUGCCCUACCAGGACGUAGCGGCCGCGCUGCCCUCCGGCUCGGUCGCGCCCGCCCUGCCGCCGCCCUCCCCUUCGCCCUCGCCUACCCCCACGCCCGACGCCCAACACUUGCAGGGCACCAUCGUAUGAUACAAUCUCAUGUGGGGACGUCGCCUCAAUUCCGUUCGCAGGAACUGUAGGACCUAAGCCAUGUACGAGGAACCUGAACGUCAAAUUUAACAAGUAUUGAUAAAAUCGAAGAAAGCUGUUAAAUUCUCUAUCUACAAAUUGUUCAUUUAUCUACGUGAGAUAAUUCGACGUUCCUACAAUCGGGAUGUUGUGAUGUUAGUCUAUCCUAGCUUUUACUAUUUCGUACCUGUCUAUAUGUACCUAUGUAUGGCGCUAUGGAACUCGUAUUCUGGACUCGGGCGCGGCGUGCACUGCUAUCGGCGAGCUGUUUAUCGUCAGAGGGAUCAACUAGUUAUUAUGAAUCGAGGUAUUAACAAUGGCAUAAGGCAAGUGUACAUAGCAGGCCUACCUUCUUACUUGAUUUGACAUCUGUAUAUAAUCUAACUCUAACAUCUUCACAAAAUGUGUAAUACUCAUUUACUCUAAGUCUAAUUUAUACGAGUCUAAUUAGCAAAAUAUAUUCACAUUUUAUCACGAAAUAUUACAUACAUAUUAUUAAAUAUAUUAACCAUAAAGUAGCGGUAGAAGUCGAUAAUGUUAUAUAAAAUUUUAAUGUUCAAUUUCAUUGUUCGAGUUAAUAUCUGAUUGGUAAUAGGUUCAGUAGACUACGUAAUAAAUAUAUAAUGCAUACUCUUAUUCAUAUUGUCUGUUAGUUGAUGUGUCGAGCGCACUUUGCUCAUUGAUCAUUAACAAUUAUACAUCAAAAUAAUCGUCGUAAUAAAGUUCGUGU